CGCUGAGACAAUUUACGGGAACCGGAUAGAGCGCGAGCAAGCUUUCGAUCUCAUGUAUUUGUUUCCGCGCUCUUGGGUAUUCUCUGUCUAUCACCGGCGGAUCAUGGUCCCAAUUGCCCCUACAACGGUAUUGCUCGUCAGUUGACCAGUGUUCAAACAUAACGAACAGCAAUCCGCAUACCAUUCCGGAAUCUGUCAAACUGGCAAUGCUGCUCUGAAUCUGUCCUUUUCAAACACGAAUCUUGACUAUGUUCACCAAUAUAUAUAUGCUCUGUAUAUGCUGGCGUUCUGUCUGCAACGGUGGUCUGCAACGCAAACUACUAUUCCUCUGCUCAGCCGCUCUCUAACUAUCAAUUUUUCGUUGAACGAUAAAAUGCCUUACACUCCACCUGGAAUCGUUUCUGUUCUCAACUCGUAUCCAAAUCAUCCGGCUUACUUCGAGAACCUCGAGGACUUUGAGGUGUACUUGAAGGAUCUCCCUAGGCCCAUUCCUCCUCCGGCUUCACCUCUGCGUCCUAGGAUUAAUCAUCUGGGUGACAAGGGCAAAUUAUGCGUUUGUCAUGAUAUGAUGGGAGGUUACCCCAACGAUGCGCACAAUCCCAUGUGGACGAUGAACUGGUGGGCCAUUGCGGACACUUUCAUAUACUUUUCCCACCACAGAGUGUCUCCCCCUCCUAGGCAAUUCAUCAGUGCGGGUCACAGGCAAGGCUGCAAAGUGCUCGGUACUCUCAUCCUCGAAGGGGAGAGUGACCGUUACAGAGUAUUGAUGGGGAAUGACACUACUUCUAUCAGCCCGCAGACGAAUAACAUCUCGAAGAAGUAUGCCGACCAUCUUAUCGAUCUGUGCGAGCUGCGCGGUUUUGAUGGCUAUCUGCUCAACUUCGAAGUUUCCUACGAAAACUCGCAUAAUGCGCGCUUGCUGGGUGCCUGGGUCGCCUAUCUCACGUCCGAAUCUCGUCGACGCCUUGGUGCUGACCGAUCUGUAAUCAUGUGGUAUGAUUCCGUUACGGUCAACGGCAAUCUCCGGUGGCAGAACACAUUGAACCAGCUCAAUUCGGCCUUUUUCAUCGCUUCGGAUUCCCUGUUCACGAACUACAACUACUCCAGCGGCACUAUUCCUACUGCGAAGGAGUUCCUCCAGAAUCUCGUGGAGGAUACCCGGCCCAAGUCUGACGUAUCGUGGGGCAUCGACAUGUGGGGACGAGGCACUUAUCAAGGUGGCGGCUAUCGAACCUGCCUCGCCUUGGAUACCAUCCAGCCCGGACUUCCCCCUCAACAACACGGGUUCAGCGCUUCUCUCUUCGCUCCAGGCUACCUAUGGGAGAACGACACUCUGCAACCCCACGACAGGCCUAGCUGGUGGGCACGUGAUACCCUCCUGUGGGCUGGCCGUGCCACAGAAGCCAAGACGAAUGAAGCUCUGAAGAAGCUCAACACUGAUCCAGCCAAGCAAUUAGGACCAGGAGAAGUUUUCCAUCCUCUCAAGAAAUACUUCCCCUUCCAAGCCCAGACACUGCCUUUCGCGACAAACUUCUCUCUCGGUGCAGGCACAUUCUUCAACGUGCAGGGGCAGAAUAUUUCGUCAACCUUGCGGUGGACAGAUCACGAAUGGGUCGCUCCUCUACCGGAUCUCGCGGUGCCAAGCACGGUCAGCGCGUAUCAACUCCCUGGCAUGACUUUUACCGGAAUUACUCUCCCUGUUGCUCUGGAAUGUGAGUGGAUUUCGGAUCCUGGAAAGGUCUGGACGGGAAGCCAUAGUCUGCAACUCUCCUUCGUGAACCAGCCGGUGGUUGGCACUAUAUCUGUACCCUUGAUAAGUGUUGACCUAGCUUCUGGUCCCGAGCAUGGCUGCGUCAUCAUGUUCGAAGUUACCUGGUAUCUCGCUAGCCAGUUGCUGAACACGAGUGUGGAGAACCUUUCCAUCUUCCAGGGUGACAAGUACACCAGCUCGUCCUACCAAACGGUCACACAGAAGGCACCCGAACGCGGAUGGUUCAAGACCACAGCUUUCUUCGACAACCUCAAGGGUGUAGUUGGAUUUGGUAUCGACGUCAACUUUGCUGGAAGAGCCGAAGCCCCUGUAGUUCUCGGCGCUCUCAGCGUUACAGCUGUAUCUGGAAGUGCAUCAGGCAACGUGUUCACUCCCCAUAUAACCUACAUCGAUCCUACCGAUGUGGAUAUCCAAUUCGACGACAAUACGGAAGCUGCGACGUUAAUCUGGCGCUCCAACAUCAGACCUCCUUUUGGGCAAGGUUCGACCAAUGCCAACCCCGCCUGGCCUACUAUUCCUCAGACUACACUGAAUGAGGACGAAAUCAUCUACGAAGUGACGACCUCCCUCGUCGCGCCUAACAAGACCACCCAGUCUGUAUUGGCAUGGGGCACGACAUCACUGGGUCGGCAAACGGUUUCAUGGGCUGAUCCGACAGCUCGUCAGAAGAUAUUCGACACGGAGGCGCAAGGUGGCUUCAUCGCCUUCAAGGUACAAGCCCUCAAUGGAUCGGGUUGGUACGCGGGCUCGGCGGCGGAGCUGUCAGCCUCCUUCAGAGAUCGGAAACGUUUGCAUUGAUCCUGUGCGAACGGAACAAACCGAUCAUACCGGUUAAUAAAGUCAGGUAAAGAUGUCUUGUGUUCAGACCGGUAACGCCAUUUCGGAAAUACUCUGUUUGUGAAGAAUUAACUUGAAUUAACGAGAGCCAUGCUAUGCAACAAUUGAAGAUGUGAAUGUUUGGAGUUGGACGGAGGAACGUGUCCCCUGACAGUAUGGUUGUGAAUCAUCUCGUUGCCCCUGCGAAACACCAAACCCUCAUGGGGCUGCAUCCCAAUUCUAGGGUUUUACAUAACAUGCCGUUAC